CUUGUAUCGUCCAUCACUACACUGCUUGGCUUAUGGCAAACUUGCAGAACCAGUCAGCACUCUAUGCUGAACGGCCAGAGUGGGAGGAUGUGGUUCCUCUACCUCAAUACGAGAGCGUGAAGCCAUUGGCCCCGAUAUUCUACACCCCCGAAUACAAGGAUGCGACAGAUUAUUUCAGAGGGAUCGUCAAGACGGGGGAGAAAAGUCUUCGAGUCCUCGAUCUCACCGAAAAUAUCAUCCGGCAGAACCCUGCCCACUACUCUGCAUGGCAAUAUAGAUACAAGACGCUGAUGGCGCUCGGCGUCCCUCUGGAAGAGGAGCUCUGCCUCAUGGACGAACUCGCGGUCAAGUACCUCAAGACGUACCAAGUAUGGCAUCACCGCCGAUUGCUCGUGCAGCAGACGCGCAACCCAGCACCAGAGCUUGCCUUUAUCGCAGGUUGUCUCCAAGAAGACGCGAAGAAUUAUCACACCUGGUCGUACCGCCAGUGGCUGCUUGCGCACUUCAACGAUGAGGCGCUCUGGGCGAACGAGCUUGGUUUCGUGGAUGGUAUGCUUGACGUAGACGUGAGAAACAACUCGGCAUGGCAUCAUCGUUUCUUCGUGGUAUUCCAGAGCGGGGUGAGGAAGGGGGAGGAGGAUCGAAAUGAGGUUUUGCGCAGGGAGUUGACGUACGUGAAGAUGCAGAUAUCCGUCGUCCCUAACAACAUGUCCGCAUGGAACUACUUACGAGGCAUUCUCGACCACUCCAAAACGCCGUACUCGACGCUCGAGUCGUUCGUGGCGCCCUACUGCGAAGCGGAGCCCACACGACCGGAUGAUUCCUCAAAGGACGUUGUUGACCUGGAAGAUCCAUUCCCAUCACUGGACGCGCACCUCCCAUGUGCCGCGGCUAUCGAGUUCAUGGCUGACAUACAUGAAAGCCUUGGUGGUGAUGACAACCUCGAGGUGGCUAUUGAAUUGUGGAGCUCUCUUGCUAGCACUCAUGAUGCCUUUAGAAAGAAAUACUGGGAGUAUAGAAUCAGGGAGGCGCAGUCAAGGGCCCACUGAAUGCCGAAUCGGAAUGUUGUUGUAUGAUAAGCAAGGAACUACUGUCUAAUCAUAGAUCGCUGUUCUCUGUGGGCCAAGGAGCCUCCUAUCCUCAAGAAUGGAACUAGCGCACACUACCGAUACACGAUGAUGGUGUAAGGAUGAUCUUGCCAAACUGUUCUCCGCGUUGCAAGAGUGAGAAC